UCUGAGAGCCCUCUCAGCAUUCUCUCCACCAUGGCACGCAAGAACAAGUCGUUCUACGACGCGAGUCAGAUGAGGGCGCUCGAGGGCAUCCCUCUUCCCGAGAAAAUCAAAUGCGCACGAUGCAACAACUUCCUUACACAGAAGAAGUUCUCGAAUACCCAACUCGCCCAUGCCCGCACGCAGAUCAAGAACCAUGGACGUAAUGUCACGUAUCAAAUCAACUGCCAGUCCUGCACUGGAGUCCAGGUCGUUGAGAUCCAGUGUGUAGCUUGCUGCAAGACGAAGGGCCUGGAAGAGUUUGCCAAGUCGCAGCGUCGAGACGUAGACAAAGCCACGUGCUAUGCGUGCGUUGACGAGCAGCUAGCCGUUGACCCCAUCGACGAGGAAGUCUACGACUCGCCUGAUCGAACCAAACUGUUCAUCCCAGAGGACGUGCAAUGGGAAUCUCAGCCCUCUCAGUGGACUGGCGGCAGUACAAUCGAAGCAUCGGAAAACAACACGUGGACCCAGGAUGACGAAGACGGAGGCAUCGCGCUUGGAAGCGAACUCCAGAACAAGCUAUCUCUUGGCCCGGCCUCCCAGAAGGGCACGCUCAUCGACACAAGUACAAACGAAAACGACCAGUUCGGUUGGCAAAGCCAGCGUACCAAAUCUUGGCGUAGCUCAGCAACGAGCGCCGUCAGUGUCUCUUCUGGCUUCGACCCCAGCAAGUAUGGCAAGCCAGGACCCAACAAUGGUUCGCUGAAGAGCUUCGAUUCGGGCUUUGUGGAGAAACCCGGCUCUGCUACGCCCCGCAAGGCUCCCUGGGCAAAGAUCAAGGCCUACAAUCCCAAGACGGAUGGACCAUCGCCAGCAACUUCCAGUCAAACUAAGACCAACAACGGCAAAGACGACUGGUCCUCUUCUGAAUCCGAAAAUGAGGAGGACGCUGAGGACGAUAGCGAUGACGACGAUGACGACGAUGACGACGAUACUGUGAUUUAG